AUGACGCAACUGACCCAAAUGCUGCACGAAUGCAACCCCUACGUGCAAACAUUUCUGUGUAUGCGAGAAUGGGCUCAAUCUCCUCACAACAACACUCCAGCCGCGUACCAGAUGGUCAUCCAUGCCGACCGCAGGCCAGGUCAUGAGCACGUGCGCCAUUACAAUGGUCCCGAAGCCUCUGAAGUGGCUGCAUUGAUCCCUGGAAAUGAGGAUGGAGAGAUUGGGCGAAGAGAUAUCGUCGUGCGCAGGCGAGGGUCUCUUAACAGUAACGGGAACGAAGUGCUGGAUCCGAUUUCAGUCAGUCAUCGUGCAUACGAUCCAUUGAGUUACGUGCUUUUGUUCCCGAACGGUAGAGAUGGAUGGUAUCCAGAGCUUCGAUUCUCCAGUGUUCAAGACGGCAGACGUACUAAGAUUACUCCGAUGAUGUACUACGGAUGGCAUUUGUUCGAAAGAGCAAGCCAGUUCAGCACAAUCUUGCACGCAGCACGACUCUUUCAGCAAUAUUUGGUUGACCAGUUCUGCACAGUGGAGGCAGAAAGGCUUUCGUAUCUCCGCCACAACCAGACGCAGCUUCGAGCGGCGGACUACACAUCACUGUGCGAAAGACUAGUAGACUCCGGUCGUGCUGAAAAUGAAGCCGACGCCGUGCGUGCAGGACGACUGUUCAUUCUCCCUUCUACAUACAUUGGGGGUGACCGCUACAUGAGGCAGCAGAUGCACAACAUCAUUGCUAUAUCCAACCAGAUUGGCCACCCGGACAUCUUCCUCACCAUGACAUUCAUCCAAUUUCAGAAACGCGGUCUUCCCCACGCUCACGUCGUGGUCAAGCAUAUGAUCCAUAAUCCAUGUGGAGAACAAAAUCCAACAGCCGUGUGCAUGGGCGAGCGGUACUGCACGAAAGGGUUUCCAAAAUCGUUCAAACACGAAACCAGCCAGUCCGCCAGUGAGUACUACAUCACGUACCGCAGAAGGUCCCCCUCGGCUGGGGGUGUCUCCAUCGAGCGACCCUCCCGUAUUGGCCGACGACAGCAAUCCGUCGUGGUUGACAAUUCCUUGGUCAUUCCCCACAGUCCUCUGCUUCUACGAUCGUUCGGUUGCCAUUUGAAUGUGGAACUCUGCGUGUCACGUGUUGGCGGAAUCAAGUACCUCUUCAAGUAUGUGUGCAAGGGACAGGACCGAGUGACCAUGGAAAUCACUGCUGAGAAUGAAUGCCACGAAAAGAUCACCAACUUCCAAGAUGCAAGAUACGUUUCGGCAUCGGAGGCCGCAUGGCGAUUUUUCUCAUUUGACAUUGUCGAUCGCAAUCGUCCAGUGGUCAGACUUGCAGUGCAUCUGCCCGACCACCAUACGGUUUACAUUGAGGAAGGACGAGAGCAGGAGGUGGCGCUACGACCAGCAUCAGGUACGAAGCUGACCGAGUGGUUUAAAGCCAACGAAAAAUACCCAAGUGCGAGGCAUAUUCAGUACCACAUGUUUCCAAGGUACUUUACCUGGAAGAAAUGCAGCAAGUCAUGGAGCGCCAACGUAGUCGGUCGAAUCUACACUGUCAGUCCGAGGGAGGGUGAGUGCUACUUCAUUCGCCUCCUCCUUACACAAGUGCCAGGGGUAAUAUUCUUCGAAACCUUGCGAAAUAUCGACGGCGACCAAUUCAUUCCGCUCAAGCUUCGUUCCUCUUUCUCAUCUGUCUGCUACGAUUCUCGCACACUGCCAGCCUUCGGAUCUUCUCUCGCUGUAGAACGAACACUUGGACAUCAGUGGGAACAGCGACUACAGACGUCUUUGCCGAUGUGGAACACAAAUCAGCGCCAUGCCUUUGACGAAAUCGUAGGCUCCAUGCUUCCAGGCGUAUCCGUUUCUGCAUUGCUUCAAGGAUACUCAAGCGCCGUUGCGGGACCUUCUAUGCCAACACGAAGUGGUCGUCUCUUCUUUCUCGAUGCUCCUGGCGGAACAGACAAAACAUUCGUGCUCAGCGCCAUCCAAGACUUCCUUCGUUCGCGCCGUAGGCAAGUCAUCGCUGUCGCUACGUCUGCUGUUGCUGCAGUGUUACUCGACGGUGGACGCACCGCUCAUUCCGUGUUCAAGAUUCCCAUUCCUGUAUCUGCCGAAAGCACUUGCAGCUUCUCCACAAACUCCGACACAGGCCGUACAUUGCAACAAGUCGAUCUCAUCAUAUGGGACGACACCGUCAUGUGUCAUGGACACUGCAUUAAGACUGUCGAUCGCUCCCUUCGCGACUUGAUGAAAACCGAUCAACCCUUCGGAGGAAAGUUCCUCGUGCUCGCUAAGGACUUUAGACAAAUCCUUCCUGUCGUUCCCGGUGGGUCCAGGGGUCAAAUCGUGAGCGCGUGCGUCAAGGCUUCCCCGCUAUAUCGAGAGUGCUGA